AUGGCGCUUUCCACUGCAUUCCGCGAACGGCUUGAGCACAUGGAACACAGCAGAAACCAACGUAUCUCUCAGCUUCAGGCCGAGAAAGAAUGGCAAGCGAACAAGUCUCAGGUCUUGGAGUGGAAGCACGCAAACAUCAGGGCCAUGGAACAAAGGUGCUUAGUGUUGGAUCAAAAGAUAGCGGCAAAUAACUUCAAGAUCUCGGCACUCAAGUCCGAGAUCGAGAGUCUCGAUGCCAAAUACUGCACCGACUCGCAACAAUUGAGGAUUUUGAGGAGGGAGGUAGAGGAGCUUGGGGAGUUGGAGAAGGAGAGGGAUAAGUUUUACGAAUUGAAGAUUUGUGAGAUGAAGGAGUUCAAUGAAAGUGUGAAGAAGUUCGUCGUGGAAUGUCGAAUGCGUAUUGAGGAAUUGAAGAAUUGCAAAAAAGAGCAGCAGUCAACUAUCACCAAUCUCCACGGAAACAAUAAAUACUUUAGCAAUUCAGAGAUAGCUGCAGCUGAAAUGAGAAAGUCUGAGCUCAUGGCUGUGAAAGAGAGUUUGGAUAAAAGCAUGGCUUCUAGUUAUCGGUUGAGAGCACAGUUGCAAAAGCAGCUCCAAAAUAUGUCGUUGUCGACCUAA